AUGAGCACUCUUGGCAAGAAAGCGUGGUGGACCUUGCCUGCAAACUUUCAUUCUCCGCUGGUAUUUUACAUGGAAGAAGACCAGGAGAAGCACAUAUUCGGUCAGGGAGACACCUACCUUCGCUGCAUUGAGUUGCAUAGCCACACCCUCAUUCAACUGGAGCCGUGGUUCACAGCCACAGGUCAGACUCGAGUUACUGUCGUUGGACCACAGAGAGCAAGGCAGUGGUUGCUGGCCAUGAUUCGGAGUGUGGGGAGCCAGAAUUCUUACUAUAAGUCCCAAGGCCUGGAGAUGUUGAAGCGUGUCCGGAGCCAGCCCCUGACCGAUGGAGACCUGACUGGCAACACCAUGGUGGAACCAGAUACCUGGAGUAUAUCACUGGCCACAAGACUGAGUAGGAUCAUCUCUCUUGAGGCUCCUCAGGGUUCCCCUUACCAAUUGCAUGGUUGUUUUCAGUUGCAUUGGAGUUAG